AUGGUUGCGCAAUCGCUAGCAUCGCUGUUGCAGCGGGCGUCGAUUGACGACCACGAGGAAGUCCUCCAGUCGUGCAAUGCCGUUCUCGCUAAGUCCAAGUCCGAUUUGAAAGCUCAGCACAUCAAGGUCAUUGCUCUAUUAAAACUCGACCGCUACGAGGAGGCCCUCAAGACAUUCCAAUCCGGAGGCAGUGCGCUGAAGCAAAGCGCUGCUCUGGAAUAUGCCUAUGCAUCAUACAAGUGCGGCAACUUGGAGCAAGCUACAGAAGCUGUAACUCAAGCGGCUGCUGGGCGUGGUGCUAGCCACUUGGAAGCGCAAGUGCGCUAUCGUGCCGAGGAUUUCAAGCGGGCAGCCGAGCUUUAUGAGCAACUUUCCCGAGAUACGACCUCUCACAGCCACGAAAUUAACGACCUGAACAUCAAUUCAUGGGCCACCGAUGCACAGCUACAAUGGAAAGGAGAGCCGGAAUUCGUGCGCCACAACCGAUUGUCGAGAGAGGAUUUGGAGUCAUUUGAAACAACCUACAAUGCAGCUUGUUUGAACAUUGCAAAGGGAGAAUUCAAGCAGGCUGAGGUAUUGCUCAACCGAGCUCAAAAUAUUUGUCGGACAUCGGAGGACCUUUCACCUGAAGAUAAGGCUGCAGAGCUGUUGCCAAUCUCGGUCCAGCAACUCUACGUGCUUAUCCAACUUGGAAAGUUGGAAGAGGCCGAGGCGGUUCUCAAAGAUAUCUCCAUUGACAACAUCUCUGAAUUAUCAACGAAGAAGAUUGCGAGCAACAACAUUGUGCUCGCCCGUCAAACUGCAGCCAACCCCUACAUCCUAUACAAAGCCCUCCACAACACCCCAGAUGCCACCAAGAACGAUCGGCUGUUCGACUUUCAAGACCGUGAUAUCGUCGGUAACUCUCACGCCGCCGACCUUCUAGUCCAGAAAUACGAUGGCGUCAUCCGAUCCACGAGCCGGGCCUUGUCACAACGCCCAACCCCAUCCACCGAUGCCGCCACGAACCUCCUUUCCGUCUACAACGCCGCGGCCCAGGCACGCGGUCAAAUUGGACAAAAGGCCCUCUCUCAGAUCGCCCCAUUGCUAGAACGCCGACCCACAGACCUCGGCCUACUCCUAACAGUGGUGCAGCUCUACGUCGGCAACGGCAACACUACCUCCGCCAUCACAGCAAUCGAGCGAACCCUCCGCAGUCUGGAAGAGUCAAUCUCCGAAACCGACCAGUCUGUCCGCUUCAGCCCCGGCCUGCUCAGCGUUCUGGUCUCCCUAUAUCAGCUCGAAGGCCGCAAACUGCAGAUUCGCACAACCCUCGCCCAAGCCGCCGCUUACUGGCGUUCACAGCCCCAAGCCCCAGCAUCUCUCAUCCGCGCCGCAGCCGCCUCCCUCCUGCACUCCGAAGACCGCGCCGAUCUUGCCGCAGCGGGUGAACUCUUCAGCACACUGCACAAGCAAGAUGCCGAUGACCGCGUUUCUGUUGCAGGAUAUGUCGCCUCCCAGGCAACCCUCAACUACGCGCAGGUAGAAUCUCAACUGGACCAGCUACCGUCCGUCAGCGAAUUGAUCGGUGACAUCGAUGUCUCAGCCCUUGAAUCCGCAGGUAUCGCGCCAUCUGCAUCCUCUGCAGCCGCCGCCGCCGCUGCCUUCGCGGGUGCGCGCAAGCGUGCCGCAGGCCCUGAUGACCGCGCCAACAAGCGUGUCCGGAAAUCUCGCCUGCCAAAGGACUUCGAUCCCGCUAAGAAGCCUGAUCCUGAACGCUGGCUGCCCAUCCGCGAUCGCUCCUCUUACCGUCCCAAGGGUAAGAAGGGUAAGCAGCGUGCUGCGGCUCUUACACAAGGUGGACCUGUCAGUGAGAAGGCCGAGAAGGCUGAAGAGUCACCCGCUCAACAGCAGAAGGUUGGAGGGUCGAACGCGAAAAAGAAUAAGAAGAAGGGAAAGCGGUAA